UGGCCAUCUUCUCCUGCCUUGCCUCUGUGUCUCCAAUGUGGCCUUGCUUCUCCCCUGUGACCCCUGGGCUUGGUGUUCCCGAAAGGAACCUUUCCUUGUGCUCUCCCAGGCUCUCCUGCAGUGCUGUCCCCCAAGUGCUCAGCCAGGCUCAGGGCUGUGUCCCUCCUUCUGUGCCUUGUGCUCUCCACCUCCCAACACAGCUGUGCCUCCUUCCUGAGCACAUUCCUGCGCUUCCACUGUCUGCAGCCUCCUGCAGCUCCCCAGCCCAGACCUGUCCUUGCAUUCCCUCUCACCUUUGUUAUCUUGGUUGAAGCUGAACUCGCAGCUCCUCCCUUUCUAUUUCUGCUCCAUUCACAGGACUCAGCUUCACCCCUGCUGACUCAACCUCUGUGCCACUGCCACUCUGAAGUCACUCUGCUCCUGCUGGCUCCAACAGCCACUUCCCCAGGCUGGAUGAGUCAUGUUUGUCUGUGCUGGGCUUAGAAGAGAGGAAAAGGAGCAAAAGACUGCGAGCCUGGGCUUGUGUUGGCUGCUUUCGCUCUCGCUGCCUGCUCAAGAAUGGGUCCAGGCUCAGCUGUAGCAGGCACCUGGGGCCUUCAGCACCACCUGGAAUAAGGAAGAGGGAGGCAAAGUCCAAAGUGCGGGCACUGCGCUCCUCAGGGUAGGCGAGGCGAGGGAGGCGGAGAAGCCCCGGGACGCCGCCGCUCACCGCUGCUUUACAUAAGAGCAAAGUCCGAGCAUGCUGCGCGUCCUUACCCCUGCUCCUUCUGCUGGCUUUUAAAGCAUCGUCCAGAGGAGCGCACACGGAGCAGGGGCAGCCUCCGCGGACAGUUAAGAUGCCCUCCGAGGAGGAGAGGAAGAGCAGCGCAGAUGGACACAGCCUUAAGAUCGCCGCAUCCAGCGAGGCUCAGGAACCUGAAGACAACGGCAAGGAGAAGAAGAAGAAGAAGGCAGAAAAGCCCAGGCUGGUUGGCCCACUGACACUGUUCCGCUAUGCCAGCUGGACAGACAGGCUGCUGAUGGCGCUGGGCACUCUGCUGGCAGUGGUCCAUGGCAGCAGCCUCCCUAUCGCCAUGAUCAUCUUUGGGGACAUGACUGACAGCUUUGUUGCCUCUGGAAACACAAGUCUAACAAACCUGUCAGAUCCUGCUGUGAUAAAUGCCACUGAGGACAUCCUCAACAAGCUGGAAGAAGAUAUGACAAGGUAUGCUUAUUACUACUCUGGGAUAGCAGCAGGAGUCCUCCUUGCAGCGUACAUCCAGACCUCGUUUUGGACCCUAGCAGCAGGACGGCAAAUCAGAAAGAUCAGAGAGAAGUUUUUCCAUGCAAUUAUGAGGCAAGAAAUUGGUUGGUUUGAUGUGAACGACGUGGGAGAGCUCAACACUCGCCUGCUAGAUGAUGUGUCCAAGAUCAGUGAAGGAAUAGGUGACAAGAUUGGGCUGCUUUUCCAGUCACUGACAACGUUCAUAGCAGGAUUCGUUGUGGGGCUGAUCCGGGGCUGGAAGCUGACCCUCGUCAUACUGGCGGUCAGCCCUGUCCUGGGGCUCUCAGCAGCCAUCUGGGCUAAGGUCCUCUCUGCUUUCACUGACAAAGAGCAAAGUGCCUACGCGAAGGCAGGAGCUGUGGCAGAGGAAGUCCUGGCAGCUGUCCGCACCGUGAUAGCCUUUGGAGGGCAGGAAAAGGAGAUUAAAAGAUACCAUAAAAAUUUGGAAGAUGCUAAAAGGAUUGGAAUAAAGAAGUCAAUUACAUCCAAUAUUUCUAUGGGUGCUGCUUUCUUCCUGAUCUAUGCAUCAUAUGCAUUGGCCUUCUGGUAUGGCACCACCUUGGUCUUAAAUGAUGAUUACACGAUUGGCAAGGUGCUCACAGUCUUCUUCUCCGUCCUGAUUGGAGCCUUCAGCAUUGGGCAGACUGCUCCAAGCAUAGAGGCAUUUGCUAGUGCCAGAGGAGCUGCCUAUGCCAUCUUCAGGAUCAUUGACAAUGAGCCCCUGAUCGACAGCUACUCAGAGGAAGGCUACAAGCCAGAGUACAUCAAAGGCAACGUGGAGUUCCAGAACGUUUACUUCAAUUACCCAUCCAGGCCAGAGGUGGAGAUCCUGAGGGGCCUGAACCUGACGGUGAGCAGUGGGCAGACAGUGGCCCUGGUGGGCAGCAGCGGCUGUGGCAAGAGCACCACCGUGCAGCUCAUCCAGAGGUUCUACGACCCCAGGGAGGGCACGGUGAGCAUCGACGGGCAGGACGUCAGGAGCCUGAACGUGCGGUACCUGCGGGAGGCCAUCGGCGUGGUGAACCAGGAGCCUGUGCUCUUCGCCACCACCAUCGCCGAGAACAUCCGCUACGGCCGGCAGGACGUCAGCAUGGAGGAGAUCGAGAGGGCCACCAGGGAGGCCAACGCCUACGACUUCAUCAUGAAGCUGCCCAACAAGUUCGAGACCCUGGUUGGAGACAGAGGGGCGCAGCUGAGCGGCGGCCAGAAGCAGAGGAUCGCCAUCGCCAGGGCUCUGGUGCGCAACCCCAAAAUCCUGCUGCUGGACGAGGCCACCUCGGCCCUGGACACCGAGAGCGAGGCGGUGGUGCAGGCGGCGCUGGACAAGGCGCGGGAGGGCCGCACCACGGUGGUGGUGGCUCACAGGCUGUCCACGGUGCGCAACGCAGACGUCAUCGCUGUCUUUGACGCCGGAGUCAUCACCGAGCAGGGCACCCACUCCCAGCUGCUGGAGAAAAAGGGAAUCUACUACAAACUGGUUAACAUGCAGGCAAUAGAUGCUGAGGUCCCAGACUCAGGAAGAGACGAGAGUGCCCUCAGUGUCCAGAGGAAGGAACUGGAAGCAGACUCUGAUGAAGCCUUGACAAGAGGCCUGAGAAGGCGAUCGACACGGAGGAGCAUGAGGAAGCCAGGAGCACAGAGUGAGGAUCCCCAGGAGAAAACCACUUCACCUGCUGAAGAGCUCCCUCCAGCUCCCUUCCUGAAGAUCAUGAAGCUGAACAAGAGCGAGUGGCCGUACUUUGUGGUGGGAAUUCUGUCUGCCGUUAUCAACGGGAUCCAGCAGCCUGCAUUUGCCAUCAUAUUUUCAGAAAUCAUAGGGGUCUUCUCAGAAACAGACAAGACUGCUCUAAGACAGAAGAGCAACCUGUACUCCCUGCUGUUCCUGGUGGUUGGCAUCGUUUCCUUCUUCAGUUUCUUCUUUCAGGGCUUCGCCUUCGGCAAGGCUGGAGAGAUCCUGACCAUGAGGCUGCGGUUCAUGGCCUUCAAAGCCAUGCUCAGACAGGACAUGAGCUGGUUUGACAACACCAAGAACAGCACUGGAGCCCUGACCACGAGGCUGGCCAACGAUGCCUCCCAGGUCAAAGGGGCAACCGGGGUCCGGCUGGCGCUGAUCACCCAGAACGUGGCUAACCUGGGCACUGGAAUUAUCCUCUCCUUGGUCUAUGGCUGGCAGCUGACCCUGCUCCUUCUGGCUGUUGUGCCAAUCAUUGCAGUGGCAGGAAUGAUUGAAAUGAAGAUGUUGGCUGGGCAUGCCAAGAAAGACAAGAAGGAGCUGGAAGCUGCAGGGAAGAUUGCCACUGAAGCCAUAGUGAACAUCAGAACUGUUGCCAGCCUGACCCGAGAGAGGAAGUUUGAGUCCAUCUAUGGAGAGCAUCUGCACAUCCCAUACAGGAACUCUGUGAAGAAGGCUCACAUCUUCGGGUUCUGCUUUGCCCUGUCACAAGCCAUGAUGUUCUUCACCUACGCUGGCUGCUUCCGCUUCGGCGCCUACCUGGUGAGGCACGAUCUCAUGGACUACAAAGAUGUCUUCCUAGUGUUCUCAGCUAUUGUCUUCGGUGCCAUGGCCUUGGGCCAGAGCAGCUCCUUCGCUCCAGACUACGCCAAAGCCAAGAUCUCAGCUGCCCACCUGUUCCUGCUCUUUGAGAGGGUCCCAGCCAUAGACAGCUACAGCGAGGAGGGGGAGCAGCCUGAAUCCUUCGAGGGCAACAUCACCAUCAAAGAUGUUGUCUUCACCUACCCCAACCGACCACAGGUCAAAAUCCUCCAAGGUUUGAAUCUGAAAGUAGAAAAGGGCCAGACCCUGGCGCUGGUGGGCAGCAGUGGCUGUGGGAAGAGCACUGUGGUGCAGCUGCUGGAGAGAUUCUAUGAUCCCCUGGAAGGAGAAUUGCUGUUUGACGGCAAGAAUGCAAAGUCACUGAACAUCAAGUGGCUGCGGGCACAGCUGGGCAUCGUGUCCCAGGAGCCCAUCCUCUUCGACUGCACCAUCGCCGAGAACAUCGCCUAUGGGGACAACAGCCGGCAGGUGGCACAGGAGGAGAUCGAGCAGGUGGCCAGGGAGGCCAACAUCCACUCCUUCAUCGAGUCACUGCCAGCUAAGUACAGCACCCGCGUGGGGGACAAGGGCACGCAGCUGUCGGGGGGGCAGAAGCAGCGCAUCGCCAUCGCCCGCGCGCUGCUGCGCCAGCCCCGCGUCCUGCUGCUGGACGAGGCCACCUCUGCGCUGGACACCGAGAGCGAGAAGGUGGUGCAGGAGGCCCUGGACAAGGCGCGGGCAGGCCGCACCUGCAUCGUGAUCGCUCACCGCCUCUCCACCAUCCAGAGCGCAGACAAGAUCGCCGUCAUCCACGGCGGCAGGGUGGUGGAGCAGGGCACCCACCAGCAGCUGCUGGCGCUCAAGGGCAUCUACCACUCCAUGGUCAACGUGCAGAGCGGCUCAGGUCCCAAGUGAACCCCAGGCAGUGCCUACUCUGGACUGUCACUGUAGCUCCGUGGGCCCUGCCGCGUCUGUCCCUCUCCUCCCCUCGCAGCCGCAGUCGGUGCCGGUGCUGAUUGCCUCCUCCUCUAAGUCCUGCAACGCCAAGCAAUGCUCCUUAGGUAGUUACCUGCUUACCAGUUUCUCACUGCUGCUUGCCACUACUCAGACCUCUCUGCUGCUGUGCCCAGAGGAGCAGGAGCUGCUCAGCCGAACCAAAGAGAUGCCAGCUUGCCUCCGGCUGGCAGCACCAGGCUGUCGCCAGAACCACGCCUCAAGCCUUACCCUCCCUGUGCCCAUGGGAGGCACCCUCACUCCUGGCCUCUUGGCCUGAGAGCUUGCAGGUCAGGCCCACAUGUCCCCUGCUCUGUUGUGGAGAGAGCAGAGGCCUUGGGAAUGGGGGCACAGGCUUGAACUAAAGGCCUCAGAGCUGCGAUGGUGGUUGAAGAAGCGAAGCCCUCAAGAGAAGCACUGCAUCGAGUUGGCCAAAGCCCUGGAGGCCAAGAACUGCCCAAAGUCUGCAGUGCUCUGGGGAAAGCGAAGGUCUGGAGUUGGGGCUGGGAAGGAGGGCACCCUCCUGGCGCUCGCUCCCUCCGCCAGAGACCUCUUGGUGACUCUGCUGACCCAGACCCUGCCAACUGUAACCGUCGGCGCUGCCUCCCUGGCACCGGCUGCGUGGUGGUGCCCACGGGCUGCUGGGGGGGCUGCCAGUUCAGAACUGCUUGGAACAUGUAGCCAUAAGUUAAUGAGUUAAGAGCUAACCUCCAGCCCUGUGUAUUGUUAAUGACUAUGGAAACAGUAAAGUCUGGUUUCUAAAA